UUUCAUAUCACAACGUCUGUGCAGGGAGCAACAGCAGAAAUCAUCAAGCCGGCCGAGUGGAGAGACUGUGCGGAUCACGCCCCCCUCUUCUGUUUCAGCCUUGCGCUCUUUCUCUUUUUCACUAACACCAGUAACACCAUUUCACACUCCCUUCUCUCGUUUUCUUUCCGUCUGACUGACCAAUUUUCUGUCUUUUCUCACUCUGACUCUCUUUGUAUCUCUCUUCCUAUGUAUCAUUUUCUGUGUCUCUUUCUCCUUUGGGAGAGUGUCUCCAGCUUCAGGUAGGCAGCACCACAUUCAACCAGGAAUCGCUUCCUCAUUCUCUCCUUCAUCAUACACAUCAACAUCCUCCUCCUCCUCCUCUUCCACCUCCUCAUCUUCCUCCUCCGCCUCUAUCUCUCUACUCUCCUCCUGCCUCCACACCCUGCCUCUGAGUGCGCUGGAGAGAGUCGCCAAUUGCGCACGGCAAAGGCAGCAAGUGGGAGUGGACCUCGGCGAGCGUGCUUCGCAAGUGUGUGUGAGUGUGUGUUUGUGAACGUGGAGAGGAAGAGGAGAGGAAGAGGAGGAGGGAGGGAGAGAGCAUCAGCACAGUCCUCCCAGUCUCUCCUCUCUUCACGCGUACUCCCACUCUGCAUGGAACAAUCCUUCCUUCACUGCUUCUAAAUGGACAUUUCUGUGGCAACAUUUCACCAGUGAAGACAGCAGCUGCUGCCGCUCCACUCCACGAGCUACUACAUGCUGGAUUAAAACAAAAAGUGAGAAGAGGAGAGGAACAGGGGGAGAUCUCUGAACAUGAGUGAGGAAGCUAAGGAGAAAGCAGGCGGCGGGAAAGCAGCCCAUCGCAAGAAGAAAGGCAAAAAGUCUGACAGUAAUGCCAGUUACCUGCGAGCUGCCCGGGCAGGGAACCUUGAAAAGGUCCUUGAUUACCUCAAGUCUGGGGUUGAGAUUAACAUUUGCAAUCAGAAUGGUCUGAACGCUCUCCAUCUAGCCUCCAAGGAGGGGCAUGUAGAGGUUGUUGCUGAGCUCCUGAAGCUCGAAGCCGCCGUGGAUGCAGCCACAAAGAAAGGAAACACUGCUCUGCACAUAGCCUCACUGGCUGGCCAAACGGAAGUCGUCAAAGAGCUGGUCACUAAUGGAGCCAAUGUCAACGCACAAUCUCAGAAUGGCUUCACUCCUCUGUACAUGGCAGCCCAGGAGAAUCACCUCGAGGUGGUACGGUUCCUUCUGGAGAACAACGCCAGCCAGAGUAUGGCCACUGAGGAUGGCUUCACCCCUCUGGCGGUGGCCCUCCAGCAGGGCCAUGACCAGGUGGUCUCCCUGCUGCUGGAGAACGAUACAAAGGGCAAGGUACGCCUGCCUGCCCUGCACAUCGCUGCCCGCAAGGACGACACCAAGGCCGCGGCCCUGCUCCUACAGAACGACCACAACGCAGACGUUGAGUCCAAGAGUGGUUUCACCCCCCUCCAUAUCGCGGCUCACUAUGGCAACAUUAACGUGGCCACGCUUCUGCUGAACAGAGGGGCUGCUGUGGACUUCAUGGCUCGGAAUGACAUCACGCCACUUCAUGUGGCAUCAAAAAGGGGCAACAGCAACAUGGUCAAGUUGUUGCUGGACAGAGGGUCCAAAAUUGAUGCAAAGACCAAGGAUGGGCUGACACCUCUUCACUGUGGGGCGAGGAGUGGGCACGAGCAGGUGGUAGAAAUCCUACUAGACCGAGGAGCUCCUUUCCUGUCCAAGACCAAGAACGGUCUGUCACCGCUCCACAUGGCCACUCAGGGGGACCACCUGAACUGUGUCCAGCUCCUGCUCCAGCAUGACGUGCCGGUGGACGACGUCACCAACGACUACCUGACGGCGCUGCACGUCGCUGCCCACUGUGGCCACUACAAGGUGGCCAAGCUCAUCAUGGACAAGAAGGCCAACCCGAACGCCAAGGCUCUGAAUGGUUUCACUCCGCUUCACAUUGCCUGCAAGAAGAACAGAGUGAAAGUGAUGGAGCUGCUGUUGAAACAUGGAGCGUCUAUCCAGGCUGUCACUGAGUCUGGCCUGACACCCAUCCAUGUGGCAGCCUUCAUGGGCCACGAGAACAUUGUCCAUGCACUGACACAUCAUGGGGCAUCCCCCAACACGACCAAUGUUCGAGGUGAGACAGCUCUCCAUAUGGCAGCCAGAGCAGGCCAGGCAGACGUAGUCCGAUACCUGCUCAAGAACGGAGCCAAGGUGGAGACCAAGUCCAAGGAUGACCAGACAGCGUUACACAUCUCCAGUCGGCUGGGGAAGGUCGACAUCGUCCAACAGCUGCUGCAGUGCGGUGCCUCUGCCAACGCUGCCACCACCUCAGGCUACACCCCCCUUCACCUGGCUGCCCGCGAAGGACACCAAGAUGUUGCUACCAUGUUGCUGGAGAACGGAGCCUCACUCUCCUCCUCAACUAAGAAAGGGUUCAGUCCCCUCCAUGUGGCAGCAAAAUAUGGCAAGAUGGAGGUGGCCAGUCUCCUCCUACAGAAGAGGGCUGCCCCCGAUGCUGCUGGAAAGAGCGGGCUAACUCCACUGCAUGUAGCUGCUCACUACGAUAAUCAGAGAGUGGCACUGCUGCUGCUGGAUCAGGGAGCUUCCCCACACGCUGCCGCCAAGAAUGGCUACACACCACUGCACAUUGCUGCCAAAAAGAACCAAAUGGACAUUGGGACCACACUGCUGGAGUACGGCGCCGACACCAACGCUGUGACGCGGCAAGGCAUAAGCCCCAUUCACCUGGCAGCGCAGGAGGGAAGCGUGGACCUGGUGUCUCUGCUGCUGACCAAGAAUGCUAAUGUCAACGUGUGCAAUAAGACCGGACUUACACCACUACACUUAGCAGCUCAGGAGGACAAGGUCAAUGUUGCAGAAGUCCUUCUCAACCACGGGGCUGAUGUCAACCCACAAACAAAGAUGGGUUACACUCCAUUGCACGUGGCCUGUCACUAUGGCAACGCAAAGAUGGCAAACUUCCUGCUGCAGAACCAUGCCAGAGUCAAUGGCAAAACAAAGAACGGGUACACUCCUCUACACCAGGCAGCUCAGCAGGGCCACACCCACAUCAUCAACCUGCUGCUUCAGCACGGGGCCUCAGCCAACGAGCUCACCGUGAAUGGGAACACUGCCCUGUCCAUCGCCUGCCGUCUUGGGUACAUCUCUGUUGUGGACACUCUGAGGCCCAUGACAGAUGAAAACCUGACCGCAAUGAGCGCUUCAGAAAAACACAAAAUUAACGUCCCAGAGACCAUGAAUGAGUUCCUGGACAUGUCAGACGAUGAAGUCCGGGCCAAUGUGCCAGAAAUUCUCAAUGAGGAGUCUUUUUCAGAUGUUGAUGAAGGUGAGGAUGCGAUGACCGGGGACACGGACAAAUACUUGCGGCCUCAGGACCUCAAAGAGCUGGGGGACGACUCUCUCCCUCAGGAGGGGUACAUGGGUUUCAGCAUAGGAGCUCGCUCAGCCAGCCCUAGAAUCAGCCUCCGCUCCUUCAGUUCGGAUAGGUCCAACACACUCAACCGGAGCUCCUUCGCACGGGACAGUAUGAUGAUUGAAGAGAUUCUGGCCCCCACAAAGGACACGCACCUGGCCGUGACCAGAGACUACAGCUCGGAGUGUAUGCGCCGCUACAGCUGGACUCCGGACACCAUGGACCACAGCCACAACACUGUGUCCAGCCCCAUUCACUCUGGCUUCUCCUCCCCGCUCCCUCAGUAUGACUCCAGGUUCUUGGUCAGCUUCAUGGUGGAUGCCCGCGGUGGUUCAAUGAGAGGAAGCCGCCACAAUGGCAUGCGCAUCAUCAUCCCUCCCAGGAAGUGCACAGCGCCCACACGCAUCACCUGCCGCCUGGCCAAAAGGCAUAAGCUGGCCUACCCCCCACCCAUGGUGGAGGGAGAGGGGCUGGUCAGCCGGCUGGUGGAAGUCGGACCAGCUGGGGCUCAGUUCCUCGGUCCUGUGAUUGUGGAGAUUCCUCAUUUUGGUUCCAUGCGGGGAAAAGAGAGGGAGCUGAUUGUUUUGAGGAGUGACAAUGGUGACACAUGGAAGGAGCACCAGUCUGACUCCAGACUAGAAGACCUCACUGAUCUGCUUACUGGAAUGGAUGAAGAGCUGGACAGUCCUGCCGAGUUGGAGAAGAAGCGCAUUUGCCGCAUUGUCACCAGAGAUUUUCCUCAGUAUUUUGCUGUGGUGUCGCGGAUCAAGCAGGAGUCUAACCACAUGGGUCCUGACGGAGGCUUACUGUCCAGCAGCACUGUGCCCAUGGUCCAGGCCUCGUUCCCACAAGGGGCUCUCACCAAGAGGAUCCGUGUUGGCCUGCAGGCCCAGCCUGUACCAGAUGACAUGGUGAGAGCAGUCCUUGGGAACAGAGCCACCUUCAGCCCCAUCGUCACUGUGGAGCCCAGGAGGAGGAAGUUCCAUAAGCCGAUCACUAUGACAAUCCCUGUCCCACCUAGAUCGGCAGAAGGCCAUCCCAGCGGCCACCGAGGCGACUCUGCACCCUGCCUGCGUUUGCUCUGCAGCAUCACAGGAGGGACGUCUCCUGCCCAAUGGGAGGACAUCACCGGUACCACACCACUGUCCUUUGUAACUGAUUGCGUCUCCUUCACCACAAAUGUGUCGGCCAGGUUCUGGCUCGCAGACUGUCACCAGAUUCCUGAGACGGUGAGUCUAGCGUCUCAGUUAUACCGGGAGCUGAUCUGCGUGCCAUACCUGGCCAAGUUUGUGGUGUUCGCUAAGAUGAAUGACGCUGUUGAGGCUCGACUGCGCUGCUUCUGCAUGACAGACGACAAGGUGGACAAGACCCUCGAGCAGCAGGAGAACUUUGAGGAAGUGGCUCGGAGCAAAGAUAUUGAGGUUCUCGAGGGCAAGCCUAUUCAUGUAGACUGCUACGGCAACCUGUCUCCUCUCACCAAAAGUGGGCAGCAGUUGGUUUUUAACUUCUACUCCUUUAAGGAAAACCGACUUCCUUUCAACGUGAAGAUCAGAGAUAUGGGCCAGGAGCCAUGCGGCCGCCUCUCCUUCCUGAGAGAGCCAAAAUCCAGUAAAGGUCUUCCACAGACUGCCAUAUGCAAUUUGAAUAUAACACUGCCAACCCACAAGAAGGAUAUGGAGUCUGAUCCUGAUGAUGAGACUGAAAAGCCAGAACGACGUCAUACCUUUGCCUCCUUAGCUUUGCGUAAGCGCUACAGCUAUUUGACCGACCCAGCAGCGAGUCCCCAAAGUCCUUGUGAGCGAACAGAUUUGCGCAUGGCGAUUGUUGCAGAUCACCUGGGACUCAGUUGGACGGAGUUGGCUCGGGAGAUGAACUUCACGGUGGAUGAGAUCAACCACAUCAGACUAGAGAACCCCAACUCUCUGACAGCACAAAGCUUCAUGCUGCUUAAGAAAUGGGUCAGUCGGGAAGGGAAAAACGCCACAACGGAUGCCUUAACUGCAGUGCUGACCAAAGUCAAUCGGAUGGAUAUUGUGACUUUACUGGAGGGCCCAAUAUUUGACUAUGGUAACAUUUCAGGCACGAGAUGUUUUGCCGAUGAUAACGCUGUUUUCCGGGAUCAGGCUGAUGAUUAUCAGAGCAUUCUAGCGGAGCUGCAGUCUCCUGCCGCACUGCACUCUGACCCCCACUUCCUGGAGCCCGAACUUCCCGUCACCCCCAUCCCUACCCUUGCCCACCACCAACACCACCAUUACCCAGAACCAGACACCCCUUUGCUGGUCGACUCCCAGCCUCAGCCCAUGCCCUGGAGUCCGGAGAUAGAGCCUGGUAGCGGAGAGCCAGACAGCACCCCUAGGAGCCCCCCCCGACCCUGUGAGCUCGCCCUGUCUGUCCCAGCCUUUGAACUCCCCGAUCCUGUUCCUUCCAAGGUCAGAAAGCCCUACAUCGCUCUGAACGACCAGCUGCUUUUGAGUGAGGAGGAGGACAGAAAUGAAAUGGAGCUGAGCCACAAGCCCAAGUCACUCUCCUUCCCCACUAUGUGCGAGUUAGACAUUGACAUGGCUUACUCCACAUCUUCCCCUUCACUCUCAUCAGUAUCAUCUAUUACCCCUUCAUCACCUGACAGAGCACAAAUGGUAGAUGGAGGAGUGCUGAUUGGUGCCCCUAAUGGGGUGCAAGAAGAUAUAGGUUUGAAAGGAGGUGAAAUGGAAGUGACAGAAGAAAUACAGAAGGUUGUUGAGAUGGUUGCAGCAGAGUUAGUAGAGGGAAAUGGUUUAGUGGAAAAGUGGGUAGAGCAAGACUUGAUUAAAAAUGUGGAAAUAAAAUGUGAGAUGAUAACACAAGAUAGAACCAAGUUGGCAGAGGAACAUAACAUUUUGGUGGAACAGAAGGGGGGAUCAGAAGAGGAAGAGAAAGAUGUGACAAAUGAGCAGCUUGUCUUUAUUCAAGAUGGGAAUAAGGGGACUGCCUGUGAGGUGGAGGAGGUGAGAGAUGUGCAAAAUGUGUCAGAAGAACAGCAUAAUCCGAUAGAAAUUGAGUAUGAAGUGGAAAAGGGUUGUGCCACAAUGGGAGGAGAGACUGUCAAAGAGUGUAUUAAUGAAACACCUGAGGUUAAAGUUGAUGGGGGCAGUGAGGAAAAGGUCAGUCAGGGUGACAGAAUGGAUGAUACAGAUGGAGAACUUCAGCUUAAGGAUGAAGAAGGUUUGUGCGGCAGUGAAAGAGAUAUUUGCAUGACAUCGGAAGGGGACAAGGCAGCCGAGGACCAGGCUGUAACUCGGCUCUCCCCUCAGGCCUGGGUUGAGGCACUUGGGGAACGACAGCCCAGCGAUUCUGGCUCCAAUGAGGAAGAGGAUGAGGGAGAAGCAGACCAAAAAGACUCAGAAGAGGCAUUAGGAUCUCUGUUGGAGGAGGAGAAGAAAGAAGAAGGCUCAGAGGAGAACGAGGAGAACGAAGAGAUGAAGGCCAGUGUUGAGGAGAUUCUUGAUCAGGUUGAACAAGCAGAAAAAGAAGUGUGUUCACUUUCAGGUUGGCACAGUGAUUCAUCCAGCGUCAAUGUGGAACCACCUACGCCAUGCCGCAGUGUCAGCUCAGACCGACUCGACAGGCGGGAAAGCCAAGAGAACUCUAGUGACUCCAUCACUUCCUCGUCAAGGGGAGAAUCAGGGAGGUCCCGACAGAACGGCGACAGCUCAAAGCACUCACCUCAGGGCGGCUCAUCGGAAUCAUCGAACGGCAGAAAGGAAGAGGGAGCACUGGUGUCGGAGAAAAAAGUCCAGCAGCGUGUUAGUGUAGAUUCCGGUUCAGAGGAAGAACAGACUGUUACCACCAGAAUCUUCAGACGCCGUCUGAUUUUAAAGGGAGAACAAGCAAAGAAUAUUCCAGGCGAGUCUAUGACAGAGGAACACUACCUGGACCAAGAUGGUAACCUCAUCAGUAGAAAAGUAAUCAGGAAGGUUAUUCGGCGGGUGUCUACUCCCACACCAGAAAACCAAGGAGGUGACAGCUGGCACCAAGAUCUUCAGCAUAGUCCCAUUCUGCAGGAAGACGGCAAGGAGAAGGGUCAAGGAAUAGCAGGCGAAAGGAUGACAGAAGGUCAGGGGAUAAAAAGCUCCACUCAUAGGGAUGGUUGUGCUCUACCAGAUGUACAGGAACCAAGUCAGAUGUUUCCUGGGACUACGUGUUCAGAAGGCUGGAAAGCUCAUGUGUGAGGACUUCAGGCAAGGUUCUAGUCUGCAACUACCUGCUUCAAACAAACGGUUUUCACGUGAGAGGAAUCGACCCUUCUGACUUACGCAUGAGCAUGAAAAACUCACCUCCUGUCAAUCAAAGGACCGGGAGGGUUCUCACUUUCUGACUGUGGUGGACCCGUGGACAAUGAUUCUGCUUCCUGUUUUGUGUGAAACAAUACGUGCCAUCGGUCCACCGGUGUUUGUGAGAGCUUUUUGAGGAGCAUCGUUUGUUGUGAAAACGAAAAAGACUCCCUUACUGACAACUACACAGGUGCAAACUGUGACCAAAGAUGGCACAAGAGCUCAAUCCACAUGGUGGGUGGAAAGAACGAAGUAGACACAAUAACACGUAAAAAAAAAAAAAAAAAUCUAAUGGAACACUUCUGAUCCAACUUCAACACUCGCCUUAUAGUUUUUUCUUGAACCCAUUGUUGUCAGGAUGAAAGUUGUUUUGGGAUUUUUUUCUUCCUUUUUAAAACUUAAACUAACACAAAAGCUUUUUUCUGUAUAUAAAAUUACAACGUGUAAAAAUCUUAAAAAAGGGUAAGUUACUGGUUGAGAACGCACUGAGGAGAUUAACCUUUUCAAGUGCUUUCAAAAUUUAUUGAAACGGUUCCACUUUUAAAGAUUUGAGUGUAACUUCACAGGUUCUUGUAUAAUUAAUUAUUAGAGCAGGUAUAAUGUUUGUACAUGAAAAAAAGCUGGUUUGAUUUUAACAGAGGAAAUUUCCAGAAAAUCAAAUUUCAGUAAUUCCCAAAGUGGGAAUUGAUCUAAUCCUACAAAAAGCAGCCUUUCAGAGUUCUCAUAUUUUCAUGCAUGCUGUUCACAUUAUUUUAAGUACAAUUUUUACAAGUUUGCAAUCACUGUAUUCACAUGACAAAUAAAACCCUUUAUUCGUGUACACAUAUAGCCCUAACAUUUGUCACCGAUUUUAUAUUUUAAAGGAUACCAUUAAAACAUUUAUCAUGUUGGGGUGAGGAUGAAAAAAAGUUCUAUAGCUUCUCGAGGUGUGAUGUCUUGUCUGUCUAUGUGGAACCGGAGGGCAGCUUCUGCUACAAGAACGAAAUAAUCUGAAUGUAAAUGCUAGUAAGCUGGCUCGCUGUAAAAUUAUAACUGUAUUGUGCGUAUUGGCUAUAAGGUGUAGGAAUCUCUGUACACUGUUAGACUGUUUGUAAUCAUUUUAGCAGUGUGUCAAUUUGGUUUUCUAACGGCUGCUGUGGUAUUUAAGGAAACUGGGGCAUUUCAUUUUGGAUUUUUUGGUGAAGUAUUUCCUUCGUUUAAAACCUACUCACAUUAAGGACACAUAAAGACAUUAUUUGAUUGUAGCUCUAAAUAGCAUAUUGUAUGACAAAAACACUGGAUGGUCAAAAACAAUUAUUUAAGCAUUAAAUAAAUUGUGUUUAACUCUGAAACUGUGUGAUCUUUUUAGGCUUGAGAGUCUGUAUAUGCAGUGUCGAAUAGAAUUGUUUUCACUAGCUCAUUGGCAAAAAUUUUUACUUUACAUGACAUUAGGAAUUAUCUUUGUAUUGGUUUUCAUUAGAUGCCCAUGUAGUUCAAGUGUGGUGUUCUACUGGUGCGAUGGCUCAGUAUGCUGAUGUCUAUGCUGUGGACAUGAAAACUAUGUAACUUUUUUGGGGGUGGGGGGAGGGGUUAAAGGAAGUCAGGUAGGGUGCUGUACCACAUCCCCUUAUACUACUAUGUCAAUCAGGGGGUAGAAGAUCCUUUGAUAUGGUUGAACUAUCAAUUUUUUGUCAAUUUUGUUUGAUAUGUGUUUUCACCUGAGCAGAUUUUUUGAUGUACAAUUCUUACUAACAGAGUGAAGCCAUUGAAAAUGUAACUAUUCUAGCACUUUGGUUAUUCAAGGUCUUUUAGAGGCUAUAGCAGCAAUGAUGCCACCACAAAUGUUUCAGACGUCUUUAAAAAAAAAUCUAUCUAAAAAUAAAAAAAAAUAAAAUGCAUUGAUUUCGCAA